UAGUACGCGAAAAAUUCGUUCCAGGGCUGCUGUGAGCUCCCUCACUUGUUUCAAUGUCGAAACUAUGCGGCGUUCUCGCCCGACAAUACGUGGACUUCUUGUCUGGUGCUCCCAGACUGAUUCUUUUGCUUGCCAUCACUGUUUGUGGGCUUUGCAUCCCUUCUGCCUCGAGGUUUCUUAGCUCUACCCAGAAUGUCUACAGUGAGAUUGCAGGUUCCAGAUCAGCGGUGGCAAGGGAAAAGAUGAAAGAGUAUUUUGGACAUCUACCGCCAGAAAGUGAUCUUAUCCUUGUACAGCAGCAGCGUGAGGAGGCCUUUGCCCCUUCACCAAAUCUGGUAAGUUCGGGCUUGCUGGUGGAGAUUUCUACAAUGACUCAGGAUUUCCUUCAAAGUCGCGGAUUUUCUGACAUCGAAGUGGACAGCUACCCAGUCUUCCAGGAGCAGGGCUUUCCGCACAUUGCCUCACAGCUGGUGUCCGAAGACCUGCGCUCCGCGCUUCUAGUGCUUCGGCGGAUCGGCGUGCCCAUCAACAAGACAGUGGGGGCUUUAGAGUCUGAUCUCAUUCUGGAGCUCAGACGACGCUAUUUGGAUGUUAGUGACUCUUCCUUGGCUUACAUUGGCGUGGCGGGUAUCGCACCGUUUGUUGUUGAUGGGUCCAGAUCGGCGGCAAAGGACCUGGCGAGGAGCAAUCCCAUUUGUAUCCCACUAUGCUUCAUGGUGCUGGCUUUCGUCGUGCAAUCAUGGCGGUUGAUGCUGAUAACUCUUCUUUGUAUGAUUUGCGCCAACACAGUUUGCUUCGCCUGCUUGUCCUGGAUGGCUGAUUCGGGCGUGGUCAUGUCUACUAGUGUACCUAUCAUGGGGGAGUCCUGUCUCAUGGCGUUGACCUUUGAUUAUUCGUUGUUUUUGCUCGUGCGAUUUCAAGAGGAGAUUGCCAUUGGAAUGACUCACCAAGGAGCUGUGACAGCAUCGGUGCGUCGCAGUGGCCAUGUGAUUUUGGCCUCUGGCUUUACCCUUUGCUAUUGCGCCAUGGCGGUGCAACAACUGCCGUUGCAGGAAUCCUUCAGCCUCAGCAUAGGCAUCCUUGCCGCAAUUCUGUGUGCUAUGGCGGUGAACCUGUUCAUCACUCCGACUGUCCUCUUAGCAUUUCCUGACUUUGUGGCCUCGGGAACAGAGCGCGCAGAUGUGGUCAUUCAUGAGAAUGAUUAUGAAAAGUGCGGACCGAUUGCAAAUGGCAAGGAUCACGGUUUGCUGGGAUCUGGAAUUUAUGCAUGGAACAGGGCUGCCGCGGUGCGGCAUCAAAGCAGAGCUUUUAGCUACGAUAGUUCGGAUGAAGGAGAGAUCAGUUCCUCUGGAUCCUCUGAAGACGAUUUGGAGGCAGGCUUUGGGUCGAAGCAAAGCUCCCGAAAGCUGCGGCAGAUGGAAGUUCAGAAGCGGCGUUCACAGGCAGCGCAGCGUAAUAUCUCUGAUUUCUGGAGGUGGUGGUCCCGUUUGUGCACUUCGCGUCCAUGUUCAGUUUUGGUUCUGCUGCUGGUGAUCGUGGUCUCCGUCCUGGCCUUCACAGGUCCUACAGCCAUUCACUUGGAUCGGAGCCAGGGCACUAUGGACUUCGCCAUGCUUGGUCCAGAAGACUCCCAAACGCUGGAGACUCUGAAUCGAGUUGGCAAGGACUUUUCGGAAGGCAUAAUGGGGCCAACUACUCUUAUGUUUGUGGCGAGUUCUCCCGGAGCCAGUAUUCUCCAGCCUGCGGUGUGGGACAGCAUGACAUCGAUGCUCAAGUUCAUUCAUGAUAGCAUGCUAAGCAAUGGUGCUUUGGGAUCCAUAGGAUCACCGAUGUACUUGAGCAGUCCUGAGAAGAUGGUAGAAGUGAAAGUGGACCAAGCCUUGAUGGCAGAACGCACCUCACCGGGCCCUACAACCCCGACACAGCUGAAGGAGCUCAAAUACACCAUGGGUCAAAUGCUGAAUGCCCAAAGAACGGCAGCUUUGGCCCUGGUGACACCAAAUCUCAGAUUGACCUCUCCAGAAGCAACCAAGUGGACAAGGGAGCUGCAAUCUGCUAUAAAUGUCCAGAAUGCCAGAGCUGACACACCAGUGCACAUUUACAUGGUGUCGCAGAAUAUGCAGAUGCUGGAUGUGGAAGAAGGUGUUUUUGGCCGUGUGCCCAAUCUCAUUAUCUUCAGUCUAGUGGGCUGCCUCGUGAUGAUCGGUUUGAUCUUUAAAUCCGUAAUGAUUGCCGUCAGAGGCCUGGUGACCAUUGUCUUUACACUGGCGGUCGUUUAUAUGGCUGCGCAUGGCAUUUUCCAAUUCGGAUGGUUACGAGCCAUUGGCAUCCCCGUUGGUGGAACAGAAGGACUCUUUUUUAUGGUGCCCGUGACAACUUUUACCAUUGUGCUGGGGCUUGCACUUGACUAUGAUAUUUUCUUGCUUGGCCGAAUGACAGAGCUUCGAGAACGAGGUCUUCCUACGCUUGAUGCUGUUGCAGACGGUGUGGCCCAAACUGGUCAUGUCAUCACUUGCGCAGGACUGAUGAUGGCAAUAGCCUUUGGAGGAAUGUUGCUUUCUGACGUACCCGGCAUGAGACAGUUGUCCUUCAUCUUCACCCUAGGAGUGCUCAUCGAUACUUUUGUGGUGCGAACCAUUGUGACACCUGCUUUGACAGCUGCACUGGGUGAGGCUAAUUGGUGGCCAAGACAGUUCAAGGAUUCGGAAUGAUAUGGAAUGACCAGCAUUCAAACC